AUGGAAGAAGAUCAAGAAGUGAAGCACGUGUGCAAGUUCUGCAGCAAGAGCUUCCCUUGUGGGAGAUCCUUGGGAGGUCACAUGAGGUCACAUGUCACCAAUGUUUCAACCGAGACAGAGAAGCUUUCAUCUUUCAACAACAACAGCAACAACAAUGGUGGAGAGAGAGACACCGGAAUAAUGGGUUCUGAAGGGGGAACUAGCAAUGGAGGGUAUGGUCUGAGAGAGAACCCGAAGAAGACUUGGAGGUUCACGGAUUCUAGUGAGGACACUUUGUUGGUGUUGGACAAGUUGUGCAAGGAGUGCGGCAAAGGAUUUCACUCUUGGAAAGCUCUGUUUGGUCACAUGAAGUGCCACUCUGAGAGGGUGUCCCAAAACAACAGCAACUUAUUGGAGGAUCAAGAUUCGUGGACUGAUAAUACCAAUGCUAGCCAGAAGAUGGUGUUGGAUGAUAGCCACUCUGACAAUGAAGCCACUGCUCCAAACCGAAGGAGAAGAUCUAAGAGGAGAAGGACAAGGUACGUGGCCCCAUCAACUUCUUCUGUGUCCUUUGUUUCUGAGGCUGAGCAGGAGCAGGAAGAGGUUGCCAUGAGUUUGAUGAUGCUUAGCAGGGAUGUGACUCCUUGGUGUGGUCUCAAUUCUGUUAACUCAUUGCACUUUGAAUCUCCUUCGGUUACAACCAAUUUGGAUUCUAAGGCAGAGGGCAAGAGCGUUGUCUCCAAUGGUUCUGAAAAAAAGGUUACCAAACUAAAGGAUGUGAAGGGGGAAUUUGGCUAUUUGGAUGCUUCAAAUCUCAACUCCAAAGGUAAAAUAAGCUCAGUACUUUUGGGUACUGAGAGUCCUGGAUUUGUGGUCAGCAAGACUUUGGUUUCCAUCCAUGGGAAUGACAAGAAGACUGAGCUAGAUUCUAAUUCUGCAUUUGAGGACAAUGAAAUAGAUGAUGAUAGAAAUAAUAAGUACACUUCAAUCAAGGCAAAGUAUUUGGAUUCUGAAUUGAAGGCAAGUUCUUCGAAGAGUUGGGUGAAGAACAAGUCUCCAGAAGCUGAAUUGAGCAAAAGCUCCAACAAGAGAGGAAAAUUUGAGUGUACUACUUGCAAGAAAAUCUUCCAUUCAUACCAAGCACUUGGAGGUCACAGAGCUAGUCACAAGAAAAUCAAGGGAUGCUUUGCUUCAAGAAAUGAGAGCAGUGAAAACAGCACUGAGUUGGAAGCAGACCUCUCCCCUGACCCAACAACAGAAAGUAAGCUCGUGAAGAAUGAAUAUGUGGAAGAACAUGAAAUGGUUACUGUUACUACUACUACUACCACUACUACUGGUUUUGACAAUGCGGAAGACAUAGUGAGAGAGUCCAAGAAGGGGAAAGGGCAUGAGUGCCCAAUUUGCCUCAAGGUUUUCCCAUCUGGCCAAGCCUUGGGUGGCCACAAGAGAUCUCAUUUGCCUAGUGGGUCUGAGAAUGCUAGAAACUGUCAAAGUCAAACAGUUGUACUUGAGGGAGCAAGCCCAGAGAUUAGGGACUUUUUUGAUCUUAAUCUUCCUGCUUCUACAGAGGAAGAAGGUAAUAGCCAUGGCCAUGCUGAGCCUUACAGACCUUGGUGGGUAGUAGGAGGCAGCGUCAAGCAGGAGGCACUGGUAGGCCUCAUUUCUAACUAA